CAUAGCCAGGCAAAUACAAGGCGCCAAAAGCAUAUUUCGUAAAGACGCUUCCUUUCUCCAAAAAAGCUCCAAUCUUUGAACCACCCAGAACCUGAAUCUGGAAUCUCAGAAUUUGUUUGGGAAAUUUUUCCGAUUCUAAAAAAUCAGUCUUUGAAUUUCCGGCAAUGGAAGCUUCUGGUUUCAACGGCGCUGCGAGAUUCGACGACGAGCAGGGCCUGAGGGUUCUGCUCGACGCUUUCGGCGCUGCGUUUUCGAUCGAAGAAAUCGCUUCUGCUUAUUGCAAGGCCGGGAAGAACGCCGCGGCGGCCGCCGAGACUCUCGCUCUCUCCGGCCGCGAAGAAGCUUCUGGCGAUAUUGGGGAGAAGAAGAACAAAACGACGUCGGAUAAUGUGAGUGGGAAUUCGAGGGGUUCGAAGACCAAGUACAGGCCGGUUUCAAUUGGGAGUGUGUCUGAUGUUAUUGGGAAGCAAUAUGGGAAUAAAACGACGUCGGGUGGUAGUAAUGGAGGGAAGGCAUUGAGAUUGGACACCAAGGCCAAGGUGCUGCGGAUUCCGGAGAGCUGGGCGGCCGAAAAGGCGGAGUCUUAUUCAUCUGGGGAUGAUGUGCUUCAUCAGGAUAUGGAGGAUUUUCUGUUCACUAUGCUUGGAGAAGGGUUCAAGCUCGAUAGGGAUUUGAUUCAAGAUGUUCUUGAUAGUUGCGGCUAUGAUAUGGAAAAGAGCAUGGAAAAUAUUAUUAGUUUGUCAACAUCAGCCUCGGAUGAAAGAAACGAAGUGAUCUGUAACUCCAAUGAUAAGUCUGCAGGCUCAUGUCUAAAAGUGGAAGCAUAUUCUCAAGGAGAGCACAUAAACUCUACUGAAAUUAAUGGAGUAGAAUUGAUUGGAAAAGAAAAGGACCGAAUUGACCAAAUUGAUCUACCAAAGGAAAUUUUGGCUUCUCUCUUCAGUGAUCCUGAGAAACCUGAGGAGCCUGAGCUACCAAAAAAGAGAAUAGUAAGACCAACAAGGGGAUAUGCAGCCUAUGGCCAUUUGGUGGUGGAACCUCCAAAAGAUACAUUUUCAGAUAGCAGGACACCAGUGGUCUAUCAACAGCAUCACACUGAGGAUGAUGCAGAUGCAGAUGAAGAAGAUAGGUACCAGGUUCUUCGAAGAAGUGUGAAGGAGUAUCGGAGUACGAUGAAGGAGUAUUACCAGGCAGCUGUAGAAGCAUUUUCCAAGGGAAAUCGUGUCCGAGCUGACAAACUUACGGAACAGGGACACUUUUUCCAGAAAAAGGCACAGGAUGCAGACGAGGAGUCUAAUAAAAUGAUCUUUAAACCUGGAAGUGCUGAGACACAAGGGGAUAUAGUUCUUGACUUGCAUGAAGGUGGUGCCAAGGAGGCGAUACGUCUUCUGAAGUGUCAUCUUUCUUCAUUUGCUGGUAUCUCAUCAAUCAAGCAUCUUAAGGUCAUUAUUGAUACAAAGGAGAGAGAUAUCAAAAAAGGAUCCCGGAGACGAUUAGCAGUUGUGAGGCUUCUGGAGGAAGAAUCGAUCAAGUGGGUUGAAGAAGAAAAUGUUGGAACAUUACUGAUUCAGUUGGAUAGUGUCAACCCAAAGAAGUUAAAAUUUCUAAAAAAAGUAGUGACAUGAAUUAUCAGAUAGGUGACGGUAAAAAAGACAAGUGAGAAGUUGGUACUUUUGGCAAAUUAUAAAUUGUUUUUGGAAAGAAAA